ACGUCCCCCCCAUCCCCCGCCCCCACCGGACACGGCCCCCGCCCUGCUCGCCCCAAGCUGUCCGCCAGCGCACCGCCAUGGAGGACCUGGAUGCCCUGCUCUCUGACCUGGAGACCACCACUUCACACAUGUCACGGUUAGGGGCUCCAAAAGAGCGCCCACCAGAGACACUCACACCUCCCCCACCCUAUGGCCACCAGCCACAGACAGGAUCUGGAGAACCUUCGGGAACCUCUGGGGACAAGGACCAUCUCUACAGCACAGUAUGCAAGCCUCGGUCACCGAAACCUGUGGCUCCUGUGGCCCCCCCAUUCUCCUCUUCCAGUGGUGUCUUGGGCAAUGGGCUCUGUGAGCUAGAUCGUUUGCUUCAGGAACUUAAUGCCACCCAGUUCAACAUCACAGAUGAAAUAAUGUCUCAGUUCCCAUCUAGUAAGAUGGCUGAAGGGGAAGAGAAGGAGGACCAAGUUGAGGACAAGAACCCACCCAGUGUCCCUCCCAGCCCAUUGCCCGUCCCCUCAAAGCCCUCAGCCACCUCAGCCACUCUGGAGUUGGAUAGACUGAUGGCAUCGCUCUCUGACUUCCGUGUCCAGAACCACCUUCCAGCCUCAGGGCCAUCUCAGCCACCAGCGGCAAAUGCCACCCAAGAGGGGAGCCCUUCUCCACCAGGACAGACUAGCAAGGGCAGUCUGGACACCAUGCUGGGCCUACUGCAGUCCGACCUCAGCCGCCGUGGGGUUCCCACUCAGGCCAAAGGCCUCUGUGGCUCCUGCAAUAAACCUAUCGCUGGACAAUGCCCCCACCUUCCUCUCAACUUCAUGUCAUCUUUUCCAAAGCCACUGAACCCUGGAGUGAAGCCGGAAGGCCGGCUUUGGACCUCUAACACAGUUUGCAUCACCCUGGACUUUUGGUUUUUGCAACCUGAUCUACCAGAGUUAAGACUGGGAAAAUGCCAGGUGGUUACCGCUCUAGGCAGAGCCUGGCACCCCGAGCACUUCCUUUGCAGCGGUUGCUCCACAACCCUGGGAGGCAGCAGUUUCUUCGAGAAGGAUGGGGCUCCCUUUUGCCCCGAGUGCUACUUCGAGCGCUUCUCCCCACGUUGCGGCUUCUGCAACCAACCCAUCCGACACAAAAUGGUUACCGCCUUGGGCACCCACUGGCACCCAGAACAUUUCUGCUGCGUCAGUUGCGGGGAACCCUUCGGAGAAGAGGGUUUCCACGAGCGGGAGGGCCGCCCCUACUGCCGGCGGGACUUCCUGCAGCUGUUCGCCCCGCGCUGCCAGGGCUGCCAAGGCCCCAUAUUGGAUAACUACAUCUCGGCACUCAGCGCGCUCUGGCACCCAGACUGCUUCGUCUGCAGGGAGUGCCUCGCGCCCUUCUCCGGGGGCAGCUUUUUUGAGCACGAGGGUCGCCCGCUGUGUGAGAACCAUUUCCAUGCCCAGCGUGGUUCGCUGUGUGCCACGUGUGGCCUUCCGGUGACUGGCCGCUGUGUGUCUGCUCUGGGCCGCCGCUUCCAUCCGGAUCACUUCACCUGCACCUUCUGCCUGCGCCCACUCACCAAAGGCUCCUUCCAGGAGCGUGCCGGCAAGCCUUAUUGCCAGCCUUGCUUCCUGAAGCUCUUCGGCUGACCUCCUGUUGGAUCACGGAUCUCCAAAACUAAGUCUC